AAAGAGAGAGCUGGAUUUGAGAGAACGGUUGAUUUUUCUAAAUACAACAUUUUCAGCCUAUAUUCACAUAAGAAGUACUGUAAAUCUCCAGCAAUUAAGUUCAGACAGAAGAAAGUAAUAAACAUACACUUGACUUACCUUGAGAGACAGAGAAGACAUGAACAGAGUUAACAUGAAUGGUGUGCUCAUCUUCAUGCUCGCCAUCAUUGCUGUGGAGGGACACAAAUCAGGUUGAGAUGUUUGUCUUUGUUCAAAUCAGUUGUCCUAUAUUUACAUUUAUUACAAUGUAGAGAUUGGUUGUAUGAAAGAAAGAAAAAAAUGGUUUAGGUAUAUAUUGAAAGUAUUUACAGUUUUUCUCAAUAGUGUGCAAGCAAUUCUGGGAUCUGUGUUGAAAUGUAUCUAUAGCAGAACAGCAAUGAUCAAAUACUCAAAUAUCUUAACAGAACUUCUGUUUAUUGACUUAGUACCUGACUUGCAUAUCUUAGACCACCUUUUGCAAAACUUUAAAUACAAAUGUCAUCAGUGAAUGCAAAAUUCACUGUUAAGUGUUUUGUUAAAGAAUAUUAACACAUUGUUUUCAUCAGAAGAUAAAUGUUUCCGGCAAUCAGUAACUACUACCGCACGAAAGUCUCCCAUCAGUGUCAUAUCAUGUACAAUAUAUGGAAAGAUCUAGGCAAUGGGGACUGUGUACUUGUUAUGAUUUUUCAAAAUAUUGCAGACAUGCAGAGAUGCAGAUGAUGAAGUUGGGUUACUUUUACGUAACUUUGGGUUACUCCUAAGUCAUCAUCUCUAACAUUGUGUCCUUCCAUUAUAGAGCUUUGCUUUGAUGUGUAUUUAGGCCUAUACAUUCAUAUCAGGUGUGUUCCUCCAUUGUAUUCACCUUGCCUUAUUUCGAUUGUGGAUUGUGUUUCGGUGCACCAAUGAAAAGUCUACAAAACUAUAAGCAAACCAACCUUUGUAUUGAAUACAUGGAAUUGGAUUGUGAUGAUACCGAUGAAUGAAUCCUGCACACAAUGUGCUUUAAAAAUUAAAAAUUAAAAAACAUAAUCAGGAAUAAUAUUUUAUGUCUGAAAUUGUUUGGAGAAAUGUGUAAAAGGAUAAUAAUUGCCCAUAAUUCUGCACUUUUAGAUAGUUGUACUUAAAUUUUGAUCAUCAUAAUUUAGUGACCGCAAAGGAAAUGUGAUCUUUAAAAGACAGACUAACUUUCUGUUUUGUCUGCUUGGACUCAAGAGAUACUGUAAGUAUAGUUGCUUUAUUCAUUUUGCAGGCAGUCGUGUUCUUUUGUUGAAUGUAUUUGUAAUUUUGACGGUAUAAUAUGGUUUUGAUAAAUGUACUGUAUAUGUUUUGAGAAGGCAACUGCAGUUUGAAAACCCAUUUACUGUUUUGCAAAAGGCCAUAGAGUUAUGUGUGCUGUGGACUCUGUUUUGAAAAUCGACAACAUUGUUACAAAAAAAUGCUUGUACGCGAUUGAGAAAAACUGUAAGUUUGAAUGUCUUGUUUGGUGUCAAUUCAAUGAUUCAAUGUUAGUUUAAAAAGUUAGCUGUUCAGUAAAUAAUUGUUCCUAUGUAUUAAAUAAGUAAGUAUAAUGAGUCUUGUACGUAGAAAAUGUCAAUUGUUUUUCUUUUCAGGGUCUGUAUCCUUCUGGAGAAAAACUGUUACUAUGACAUGUCCUGAGGGUGGAUUAAGGAAUAAGGAUGGCUCCUCAAUUACAUUAUAUCAUGAUGUGGGUGAUAAAAAUAAAACAAUCAUAAAGGACUAUGUGGAAAACGAUAAUAGACAUUAUUACUGUGAUACAAAAUUAAGUCCUCCAAAUGGAAGUUAUCACAUUUACAUCAAAGGAAAAGGUAAGAAAUGCCUUCUUUUACCUUCUUCCCUUCAUACACCCUUCCCGUGUUUUAACAGAAUUUAAUUACUAACCCUAUCUGUAUUGUUUUUGGUAUUGCAGUGUGUGAGAACUGCUUUGAGCUGGAUGCGACUCUGGUUGUCAAGGUCAUGGUUGGGGACCUGCUGGUGACAGGAGGGGUCAUCCUCAUUGUCUAUCUCUGGGCUCAGAAGAAGUCUGGACCUGCUGCACCCCAAAAACGUAAUGCUAUUACCAUCUGAUUAUCCAUCAGCCACCAGUGGCACUUGGUGAUAAGGAACGCUCUCGACUAUUUAAUUUGACCAUGCCCAUGACUGUUCAACAGCAAAGUAUUCAGAGAUCAUAAAAAUGUACAUUCCCUGUGACAUAGUAAACACAGAGUAUUGAUCAUUUGUUAUAAACGUUCAGUACAGUGAAUCGUUUAUUUCAUUAAUUAAUUAAUAGUAAUUUAUAUUUGGUUUUCCCCUUAGCGACUUCCCGCUCAGCAGGCCGUGGCCCACCAGUGGUGCCGAGUCCUGACUAUGAGGUAGGCCGUCUACCUCCUUGUCUAUCUCUCCAGCUCUACAUCUCUCCAUCCGUAUCUGCUACCUAUCCUUCAUUCCACAUCUCCUGGUUAGCUAAUGUCUGUCAGUAUUUUAGGGAGAUGAUCUAGGCUAGCUAUUCACUCUACUUCUGGUGAAGAUGCAUAAAAAAGUGUGGUUUUGCAAUGGAAACUGAUCUGUGAAUCUGACUUAAACUGGUCUGAGAAUCUAACUUAAACUGAUCUGUGUAUCUGACUUAAUUAACAACAACAAAUAGCUUCACCUAAAGCCUUUAUUUUCCCCCUGACAGUCCCUUAGCGCGGCAACCCGCAGCACAGAUAUCUACGCUACCCACAGGACUGGAUAGACUGUCCUCUCACCAGACCACACCUGUUCUCUAGGACCACUCUGAUGCCCCAGACCAGCAGACCUCAGCUCACCCUGCCAUCAAAGAGGAGGGGAGAAGGCUCUGUAGUGCUUAG